AAUUAAUUUUGAUAGGUGGCAUUUGAAAUUGUCAGUUGUCACUUGUCACGUUGAUAAAUGACACCUGAAAACAUUGUGCGAAAUUUACGAAAUUUAAACAUAUUGAUCAAAUUUUUCAGACUUGUUAGUCUUUUUCGCUUACUAUGAUUAUUAGAAAAUGCAUGAAGAUGAUAUUGAUAUUUAUGUACCUUCUUUGUUAAAUCCUCGAUCUGUAAAAAAAUUGAGCAACGAUCUAACUCUGACUCAGAAUUCAAUCAGAAGCCGAUGCUCACUAUCUUUGAAGAAAAAUAGCAUCAUAAGCAAGACCAAGAAAAAUUUAAAUAAGGUCUUACAAGAUAAAGAAAAUAUAAGUAACAAUGUAACAUGUGACAAAUUAAAAAAGACAAAAGAAAACGGAGUAAAGAAGUUGGAAGAUGAAGAAACACUCCAACUUUCUGCUAUUGAAGAUCUGCCUUUCUUUAAUGAUCAACUGUCCUUAUUAAGUGAUAUUGAUGUACCUCUAGUAUGUAACAAUGCCAAGACUGACGAUUAUAAUAAUUCCUUUAUAUCUCUGUCCUCUGCAACAGAAUUGAGUUAUGUUGAAAACAAAAGUGAUGACACACUCAUCUAUAAUAAUAUAGACUUAAAACCAUCUUACACUGUGUGUUUUUCUGUGAACAACACUAACAAUGUAGAACUAAGUACAAAGAAUACUAAUAUUAAGCAUCUAUCAGUGACAAAAUAUGAUAAUAACAAUAUGAGUUUUGAAUGUGAAAUUAUCGAAAUAUCAGAUGAAUCGAUGGAAAUGGAAACAGAGCAAGAAGUUUUGCCAUAUAAACACAGUCUGCCAAAGAGACCAUCUGUUGCUGUCAAUUUAGAAAUUAAAAAGCAAAAAUUGUCACAACAAACUGAAAGAGAAGAAAAUAAAGUUCUUAUUUUGAACACAAAUGAUGCUAAAAAACUGUCAGAUGUCAUUGUGCAGCCCUUAAAUAAUAAAUUGUUGAAGAACAAAAUCAAAGAUCAAAGUAAAUUCAAUUCUGCCACCAGGAAAUUUGCAUCCCAAACCAGAUUCAGGAAUGGGAAGGUAGUUCAUGAUAAAUUAAAGCAGAAGUCUAUAGAUUGUUAUUUUUCUAAUGUGUUAAAGGUCAAGAACAUAGUUGAUGUGAAUGGUUCAUUGGAUUUGAUAAAGAAUGGUGAUGGUUUAAAAGAUAAGAUCUUAGCUCAGGAUGACUCGCUUGACAUGAGUAAAAACUUGUGUAUAACUGCUAUUAAACAUGAUGCCAUUGCUCCGUCUACGAAAGCCAGUAGAAAGAACAAUGAAUGUGUCAAAUCGGCGAGGAAGCUGUCACAUAGAUCAAUCUCUCCCAGAAUUGACAUUAAGGAAUCGGAAGCCACGCAGUUCUCAAAAGUGAAAAAUGAGAGUAAUGGUUCUUACUCACCAAGGAAGAUUGUCGAGUCUAUACAGUUUCAUUUGCCGGUCAAAUCUAAGUCAAAUAAAACAUCAACUGUGACCAGAAUUAUUCCAAAUUAUAAAAUUGUUGCAGGAACACAUUUUGCAGUGGAUGCAUUUGCCUAUGGGGAUAUCCCAAAUGUUAAACAUUAUUUCCUCACACAUUUCCAUUCCGAUCAUUAUUCAGGCUUGAAGAAAAAUUUUAAUAAAUUGCUGUUUUGUUCAAAAAUUACUGCGGACUUAUGCGUUUCACGUUUAGGAGUAAACAUAAAACACAUUCAUAUUAUGAAUGUUGAUGAGUCCAUUAAAAUUGAUGGCGUCGAAGUUAUGGCUGUUGAUGCAAAUCAUUGUCCAGGGGCAGUAAUGUUGGUAUUCACUCUACCCAGCGGAAAGACUCUGCUUCAUACGGGGGACUUCAGAGCGUCUCCGAUUAUGGAGUCCUAUCCUGUAUUUUGGAAUAGGGAUAUACACACUAUAUAUUUGGAUACUACCUACUGUAACCCGCGUUACGACUUUCCCACACAAGACCAAAGCUUGGAAAUGGCGCUUUAUCACUUGCGUCAAAAGAAGACGAUGUUGGAAAAGGCUGGGAAGAAGUUCUCGUCAGUACUCAUUGUGUGCGGUACUUAUACUAUUGGCAAGGAGAAGUUCUUCCUGGGCAUGGCUCGGCGCGUGGGCUGCUCGGUGUGGGCGUGCCCCGAGAAGGACCGCGUGCUGCGCGCGGUGGAGGGCCGCAGCUUCAGCCACGCGCCGCCGCACUCGUGCCAGCUGCACGUGGUGCCCAUGCGCGACCUCACGCACGAGAAGCUAAAAAGUUACUUGGACAGUCUUCAAGGUGCGUUCAGUGAGGUGGUCGCGUUCAAGCCCAGUGGAUGGGAGAAUGGGAAAAAUUCCUGUGUCGAAAAGGAUUCUGUUACCAUUUAUGGCAUUCCAUACAGUGAACAUUCCAGUUUCUCAGAGAUGAUACGAUUUGUGAAGUUUUUGAAACCGAAGCAAGUGGUUCCCACCGUUGAUAUAUCUGGAGGGAUCAAAUCUGUUCAGAAAUACUUCCCUUGCCCGCUGGUGUGCAAAGAAGAUAUCCAGAGCCAGAGCAAGGUGACGGACUACUUCAGUUUGCAGAGAGCGCACCAAGUGGCAGCCGUUACGUAAAAAUUGUUUCAGAGUUAAAAUAACCACCUAAGCCGCCAUUACUUCGACUGUGAUGUAUUUUUGAUGUUAUUUUUAUUUUAGUAUUAUAAAUAUUUAUGAAAAUGUUAUUUUCUUUGUGAUGAUUUAAUAAAAAUUUGGAAAUUA